CUCCACACCAGUUCAAACCGUUCAUUUCACCAUUUUAUUUUUCCACAAUUUCUCCAGAAAACAAAAAUUAAAUAAGCAAAACGGAUGGCUCCGAUCUUGGCGGCGCGGCGGAGGGAAGGGGCGGGGGCGGAGGAGGAGCUGCGGAAGAGGUACGAGGAGAUGGAGAAGGAGCUGAGGAGCAGCCGGGAGAGGGAGGAGAAGAUGAGGAGGGAGCUGGAGAGGACGUGGGAGAGGCUGAGGGUGGCGGAGGAGGCGGAGGAGCGGCUGAGCUCUCAGCUUGGGGAGCUGGAGGCGGAGGCGGUGGACGACGCUCGGGCUUACCGGGCCCACAUUACGGCGUUGAUGAAUCAGCUAACGGCGGCCACCAAUCUCAUCCGGCCUUCUUCCGCCGUUUCCUCUUCCGUCAGGAUUAGUAGUAAUAAUCAUAAUAAUUGCCGCGAUUCAUUGUAGCUAACUGUAAUAAUUUGUGAUCGCAAGCAGCUUUUUUUUGUUCUCUUCUAAUAAUUUGUACAACCUAUUUGUUUA